GUAUCGAUACGUCGACAAAAUCGCGACGUUGUUGGCAUUCCAACUUCCAACACAACAUUCCCGCAAUCCAAAACGUAACGGCAACGAUAAUCAGGUUGUGGGAUGUCCAUCGUAUGAAAAAUGAUCGCUCUCUCGUUCAUUCUUCUACUUCGCAUCACCUCACAAGUGUUCUCCGCUGAUGUUAUUUACGAUAUAGCCAGAGCCUGUCAUGUCUAUCAGUAAGUUGCAGAUAUGUAGAUUUUGCCAGAUUUUGCACUCGAGACAGCGAGUGACUGGGCCAACUGACAUCUCGACGAUCGUGCACGUGCUCGGUUGCAUCAUCUGCAUAAUUUCGGACACAGUUGAAACCAAUUGAGAUAAUGAGAGAUAACGAUUCAUCAGAGAGGUGGAUGGCACAGCACCAUGGGAAUAUAAACUGCAGUGUAUGACUAGCAUGAAUCAUUUUGAUAUUGGUUCUUGUGUAUAUUCGAAGAAACUUAACUUUUCAAAAAAUGGGUCCAAUCAGAAUUACAACUGCGGACAGUCUCGACUAUCGUUACGUACCCAUCACAAAAAACAGCGUUAGUUUAGGCAUUAAAGCUAGCCAUGAUGCAAGGAUUGCCUUACGGACACAUCUUGGUGGUGACUCCAAUGUGUAUGAGAUUAUUAUCGGAGGAUGGGGAAAUACUAUGUCGGCGAUAAAAAGAAAUAAUACAGAACCAGAUGUGGCAGAAGCAGUCACUAGGGACAUACUGAAUCCUGACGAGAUAUGUGAUAUUUUCAUACAGUGGUCUUGCGAUGGACUAUUAAGUGUUAGCCGUGAGGAUGAUUUUGACAUGCCGUUCAUGUCUUAUAAAGACAGAAGCCCAUUUGUCAUAAAUUACAUAGGAGUUAGUACCGCUUGGGGUGCAACUGGAGAAUGGAUAAUUGAAGAAUGCCAGUUUACAUCCCCUGCUAUCAGACAGCAACUGAUGGACACGUGCCACUUCUGGGUGGAUUUCAGUGAGGCAUUUGGACUACCUCGGAACGCAGUAAUGGCUUCUGAGGAUGGUUUGUACAUCGGUAGAGCACAUCAUCAAGGCACGGUGACUCCAGGUGGAAUUCGCGACAAUGUUUGCACAAUUGCAUGGGGCGGAACUGGCCAUGAGAAACGAGAAUUCCAGGUGUUGUGUGGCAAGGACGUGAAUUGGGUAAAAUCCUGGCAGGGUAGCGUGCCUCUACAUGCCCUACCUGCCGGUGAAACCGAGGAUGGUUACGCUUUAUUCGUCGGCAGAGUAUUGCACGAAGGAAUCUACCACAUCGGCAAGGUACAACCGAAUCAUCAAGUGUGUUAUAUACCGUUGAACGGCCAAGAAAUGCCCUAUAUGGAGUACGAGACUUUGGUCAUUCAUGACAACUACGGAGUCGAGUGUAUCGGAAGGUAAAGUGACGAACGGCUUAGAAACAGAGUGUAUUUAUUUUUUCACGAGAUGAAAUUUUCCACAUGCUAUAUAUGGUUAAAUGUGAUUGAU